AUGAGGCGGGGGGUGUUUUUAGGAAGUAGCACACUGACGGAGCUCCGGCACGCCGCUGUCUGAUUUGAGUGGCUGUUAGCGGCGUUUCUGUCUACAACGUAAAGUAAAAACAGAAACAAAUGGCGUGGACGGAAGCUGCUGUACAAACACUCUGACCGUCAAACCCAAGUCGCUUUAGCCGAAGCUGCCACAAGCUAGCACCAAAGACUGCUAGCAGGUAGGUACGAUUAGCCCGGUGCUAAUGUUAGCUGUCAGGCUAUUCUUAGUGACCAUCAGCAGGGUAAUCUUUAGGCGAUUAGCAUUGACAGCUUAAUCCGAUUGGUUUUUGCGCAUCCUAUGAUCUCGCCACGCUAGCUGUCUGCACCAACAUGUCCACCACCUCGUUGGAUAAAGAGUUACAGGAGCGCCUGAGAGAGGCGUCUGCCAUCGGGGACAUCGACGAAGUGCGGACACUGGUGGAGAGUGGAGUCAAUGUGAACUCCCAGAACGAGAUCAAUGGAUGGACCUGCCUGCACUGGGCAUGCAAGAGGAACCAUAAGCACAUCGUGUCCUACCUGCUGAGCUGUGGAGCAGACAAAGACAUCCUCACAGCUAAAGAUGAGCUGGCGUCACAGCUCACAUCUAAACCAGAGAUCAAAAGACUUUUAGGAGUUGAAGUGGAGGAAGUGCCUGAAGUCAAGGAGCCCGAGUUGCCAAUCAUCCCUAACUACAUGUCUAAUCCGCCCUUCAUUUAUUCUAAGAUGGAUAACAAGUUAGAGGCCCUCCUGGACCAGCACCUUACACAGAAUGGUUCAGGAGAUCACAAUGAGGACGCACAGAGUGACACACCCUCCCUGUCCCCGACUCACGAGCCUCAAAAACCACAGAGCCUGGUCUCUGAUGGGCCCUCUUCCCCCGCCCCCCACAGCCAAGCCCAGACUGGGGAAUUAAUUCCUGUGAGUGAGCAGAACGGCGUGUCCACGAGCUCGGCAUCGUCCCACAACCACGCCGUCGUUAACCGCACGGUGCCCAUGGACCUGUCGGUCGAGCCUCACCUUGUCAACCACGCUGACUAUCCACACACGGUGGCACACAACGGCACCAUGUGCUCGCCUCCAUUGGCCUCGCAGAGCCCCGGCCUGGGCGGCGGUAGCAGCAGCAGCAGCGGCGUGGGAGGCCAGGUCCAGGCUCCAGUGGCCGGCGCCAACCCGACCAUGAGCAGGCAGCAGUCCAUCCCACAGCAGCUGAGCUACGGCCAGGCGGGGGGGCCCAUGCCCGCUUUCCAGCCCUUCUUCUUCACCAGCACUUUCCCUGUCAACGUGCAAGAGUUGGUGCUGAAGGUGCGUAUCCAGAACCCUAACGCCCGAGAGAACGACUUCAUCGAGGUGGAGCUGGACCGCCAGGAGCUCACCUAUCGCUCCCUUCUCAGGGUGUGUUGCCGCGAGUUGGACAUCGGCGCCGAGCACGUGGAGAAGAUCCGCAAGCUGCCAAACACCAUGCUGAGAAAGGACAAGGAUGUGGCUCGGCUGCAGGACUUCCAGGAGCUGGAGGUGGUGUUGGAGAAAGCAGAGGGCCUGUCUCUGUUCUCUGGGACUGGGGGUCUUACAGACAGACCCUGCUACAACAUGAAGGCCUCUCGCCUCACCUACUAGACGUACCCGGGAGCACGAGCUCUCCCUGCUUUACGACUGGGCUUCUGUAGCUUCUCCUCGAGCGACCUCUACUAGCUGCCUACACAGGUUUUCUUGUUCAAGCUUUUUUUCAGCCUUUUGGUGUUCGGCCAACUUCCUAACCGGGCUUUGUUUUUUUUCUAGUUCUGUAGCUAUUGUCCUCCUCCAGUCCUCCUCUGGCCCUCCUGCUGCUUUAGUGUACCCAACCAGUUCUAAGUGAUUACUGAUGCAUGGUGUCCUCGAUUGUGUGCGAAAGUAUUCGGAGCCCCCUCUCUCCUCUCUUUUCUCUCCACCCGCUGCACUCUGUGCCAAGGCUCCAGCAGGACGACAGAGGGAGGCAUCGGCUCGUCUUCCUGACAGACUGGACUCGAAUGGGACUCUUGCAAUAGCCUUAUAGUGACUCAUCCCUGUACUGGACUAUGUUUCAGAGAGAAGACGUGUCAAGAGGACAAUGGGAAGGAUUUAUAUAACUGGGACUUGUUGAAGAUCAUCAUCAGUACACAGAAAGGUCAAGUGGCAGCACAGUGGACUAGCACACAGCUAACGGACCCGUAGAGUGUUAUCUGAUAUCUGAGCUGACGUGCACACUUUCAUACACGCUGCAGGCAGAAACCCUGAGUGUCUUUCCGGCAGAGGGGCGUCCUGUACUGGCCUAAGGCGAAGAUGAUUCAUCUCACACCCGAGUGAGACUGUCGGGUAGUAGGACUACCAUUCUACUUUAAUCACACAAGGAUGGAUGCGUGGCUGUUGUUUUUUUUGUUUUUUUCAAAAUAUUUAAAAUCAUCCAGUCAUACACUGUGGAAAGGAAGUUCUUAGUUUUGUUGGAAGUGUUCUCUCCUGUGUCCUGUCAUGUCAGACAAAAACUUUGAUAUUCUACCGUACAGAUAAAUGUGCUGCAUCUUCAAAGCAGGACGAUUUUUUUUGGGGGGGGGGGAUUUUCUAUCAUGCACAAUCCCAUCUGCUUUGCAGUGUGAUGUUCAGUUCAGUCCGCAGAACAACUGUGAAGUAUUUCUUUUGAGUUCUGCUCAUUCCCUUUUAAAAAUGGGGGGAGAGCAUCUGUUGUGCUGUAAAGAGCCCCAUCGAAGUUUGUGUAUGAAGCGCACACACACGAUUUUUAGCUCAACGUUUAGCCUUAUUACUGUUCUUCUGUUUCAUUAGUUUCACUUUACAACCAAAAAAAACUAACCCAGCGUAAACAUUUAAGAUGAGGCGUGUGGUGCGUUCACACAUGCACUCAACUCCGGAAAACUGCAUGUGUGAACGCAAACGCUCCGACUUCUCCUGGAAUUCUUCAGGCUAGCCCACUAUUAACUUUUUUCCAUGUGAAGUCGGGGCUCUGGUUUUAUGAUUAGGUGCUUCCUGGUUCCUGUGCUACUCAUUUAAUGAGCGUUUUGCCACCCUAUGUUCAAACCCAGACUGUCUCUAUGAUAACUUUAUUUCAACUUGAACACAGAGCUCUUUGUGUGAUUCAGUUUGGUUACUAAGGUCCGUGUAAUGCUAAUAUUUUCAAUGUUCUACCAUGAUUUGUAGCCUAAACAGAGUUUUGUUGCUUUAGUGAAGACUGACAUGAAACACUAAAACAUUCUCAUACUGUGUGUUAAUAUAUAAACUGGGCUUUAACAGGUCAAGAGGUCACGCUGCUUUCAUCGACACUUUAUAUUCCAUUGAACUAACAAACACUGGGAAUCAUUUCUGUUCAGUCAUUACAAUCAAACUGUCUCUGACCCAGUGGUUACAUGUUUACUGUUCCAGUUAUACCUUAAGCUCUAACUGUAUUUCUAUGUUUUUUUUAAAUUAAUUUGUACUUUUUUUUUUUUUUUAACCAGCUAGGCCUGUUGUGUUCGUGUCAAAAAGUCUUCUACCGUGCGAGAAAGAGUUCAAACGAAGGGGUGAGAAGUACCGAGAUGCUGUUGUUGAAGCAAAGUGCAAUGAAGGGGGGGGGGACGAGGGACGAGAGGUCGCUGUGAGCAGAGAGGAUACCAAGAGUGCUUCUUUUAACGUUCCCAGCUGUGUUCCAUGCUUUAUAAAGUCGUGCCACAUGGUAACGGCGGGGAGCUCGGUGGAGAAGGUGAGACCCCCCCCGGGUGAGCGAGAGUAGCAUGUUUGAAACAUUUUUAUAAGACCCUUCUUUUUGAUUGUGUCGGAGGGAGGGAACUAUAAAGCUGUAAAUGUCGGGGGUUGCUUAUUGUUCUAGAGAAAGCAGAAUACAGUUCGACUUAACCUAUGCAUUCAGAGUCUGAUAUUUUUAUAUUCAGUACGUUCUGUGUACUUGUACAAAUAACCUUAGGCACUGUUAACGUUGUGUUUUUUUUUUGUUCUUAAGACUUGUAUCUGUCUUUGAUAAAGCAUGGUGAAUCACUU